GCCGAACGGCGAAACUCGCCUCAGAAGAAUCCACAUUUCCCGCUGCCUUCCUCGCCGUCUCUCUGCCUCCGGUGGAGUCGAUUCUCUCCACUGGACCUGUUUUCGCGGAGAUCACAUUUCGGUGUCUUGCUGCUGGUCACACUCCUGUCUGCCCUCUUUUGCCGAGAGUCUUCUCUCCCUUUCCGCCGCUUUCUUUUUUCUUCUUUCCUCUUUUUCUCGUCUUUUUCGUCUCUUUCGUCUCUUCCUCUCCGCCUUCUUCCCCCUCCUUCCCGGCGGCAGCCUUUUCGCGGGCCCGGAGGAACAGCGCCGGUCGUCUUCUCCUCUGCUGCCCUGACGCCUUUUCCGCCUCGACUUUGCUUCCGUCGUUCCCGAUCACCAGGUGACUUGCGGCUUCUCCAGAAGCGCAGGAGACUCGCCGCAUGCUCGUGCGAGGGAGGACCGCCGCAGCUGUCUCGCAGGAUGAUGGAGACUGCGGCCUGAGUGUAUCCGUCCCCAGACUACGGCGCUUCCAUCCUCCAGUGAAGACACUCUUCGCCUGCUGCAUGCGCGCAACUCACGAGUGCUCCAGUCGAGCAAGAUGAGGGCCGUCUCGGUAGCAACUGCGGGCAGGCGCGCCUCGCCAGGGACUUCAGCCUCCUCCUCCUCCUCCAAUCGCUCGGCUUCCCACCGUCGACAUUCGCUUCGACGCCUUCUUGCUCGGAAGGCUUGCACACAUCAGCGCCAGAGCCGCGCGCGCAGGCGCCUCGCCUUCUCUUCGUCUCCGAGGUCCGCAGAACAGGAAGCAACGUCUGCCUGCGCUGUUCUCUUCGCGGCCGCCUCCGGCAGGGAGGCGCUCCUUGCCAGUGCAAAAGCUUUCUCCCUGCCGCAGGGCGCUGAAAGGCCGGUUCCUGACUCUUCUGAGAGACAUUCGUUCUCGCGCUGCUGUCCUCCAUCGCUCUCUCUUGUCUCUUCUUCUUCUUCUCGUCCACCACCUUCUCUCCCAUCCUCACCAUCGUCUUCUUUUUCUGCCUUUCCUGCAGUGACAGGACGUCUCCUUGCUCGCGCGGCUCCGUUCGCCUUUCUGCUGAGGAGGAACCGUUCUCUCUCGCGGCGACCUUCCUCGCUGCCUUCGCUUCUCCUGAUGAGUUGUAUCUUCUCGGCUUUUCUCUCGCCUGGAUCCUCGCUUCCUCUCCACAGUGCGUCCUCGUCAUUCCUUUCACACGCUGCUGGGGGCCUCUCUUCCUCUCCCUCGCUUUCUGCUCGGUCUUGUCCGUCUGCUCCGUCGACUGCCGCGUCUCAACGCUGCUUGAUGUCUGCCUCCAAGCCGACUGUGGGAGGACACCGAGACGCCUGCGACGGCUCAGAGAGCAAAAUGCAAUUCUCUUGUGUCUCGCGAUGCGCGUUUCCCUCUCCGAUCCGCCGUCCUUUCUCCUCCUCUUCUUCGUCUCCCCUCGGUUCGUCUCCGCUUCCCUCUGCCCUCGCUUUCGCCUGCCCUUCGUCGCUGUCGGUCGUCUCCUCUCCGUCUGCACAGGGUCCGCGUCACUUCCGGUCUGCGUCGGUCUCUCACCGAGCCUCCUGCGGACAGUCUCGUAUGUGGACGCGGCCGAGCGGCUCUUUCGCCUCUGCGCGACCUGCCGCGUCUUCGUUGAAGUCUCUGCCGUUCUCUUCUCUGUUCCUCACCCGCGAGUUUCUCUUCUCACCCUCGCUCUGCCAGCCGCCUUCUCUGGCGCAUGCACUUCACCGCCGCGCGCAGCUGCUGCUGUACCUCCGAGACCAAGGCUCCAUUCUCGGCCUCAGAGGAAGCAACGCAUUCGCAGCCGCCUCGACUCUUCUGGGAGCUUCCCUCGGAGCUCUCCUCAUCUGGCGCGCUCUGCAUGCACUCUCAGCCUUCUUCGCUAAGCAGCAAAAACGCCAACAGAUGGAAGAAGUUUCACUGUGCGGCCACUAUGAGGACCCUACUCUCGCGAGCGAGGCUGCAGAUGCGGUGCGCCGGGCGCGCGAGGCGCCUCUGAAAAACCGCUGCACAGACACCUCAGCAGUUUUCAAUAGGCUCCAGGAACUCGCCGAAGAGAGCGACGAAAAGCUCGCUGCUCUCCAGAGAGAGCGAGACACAGGCGAGAGAGACAGGCGACGCCUAGGCGAUGUGAGGAAAGUUAAGGAGAAGGACGAUCGGAGAGACACAGAGAAGCCUCAACAGAGAGAGACGACCAGGGAGAGACUCGCAGACAGCUCUACAGAGACGACGAAGGCCGCCAAGAUAGAGAAGAAGAAGAGUGGGGAAACGCGGUCCGCCAAGAUAGAGAAGAAGAAGAGUGGGGAAACGCGGUCGACAGUCUCGCCUGUCGCACAAAAGAAAGAAGAGAAGAGAAGAGUGCAUGCAGGGAAGGCCCCAGAGACGCGCCGGAGCGGAGCGACGAAGACGAGUGUGACGACUUUGACAAAAGUUAAAAAGUGAAGCAAGCUGCCGUUUGUGGAGGAGAGAACGAAACACGCGCUUUUGGAGAGAGCCGAACGCGAGAAGAGAAAAAGGAAAAGUCGAGACUGAAGAGCUUCAAAGGCACUAAGAUUUGCAGGAGGGGCAAGCAGGCCGCACAAGAACCGCCAGGAGGAGACGUUUUCAAAAGAGAAAGAAAACUGUGUGCGACGUCGUAUGUGCUCAGCCUCUCUCCUCUUGCUCUUGUGCUUCUCUCUUCCGCGCUUCUCACUCUCACUUGCUUCUCCCUUGCUCUCCACUUGCCUUCUGCGCGCUCUCACUGAAAUCUGGAGUGUGGAGGGGCUACUCUGCGAGUCCGGUGAAUGGCGCGAGUCGCGCAGUGAAACAGAGUGUGAAGCAGGCAGCAGUGCCACCAGAGAGCGGAUGCCCUGUGUUCAGGAAAACGACUCUUUUUGCGGCAGAAAAGAGAGCUGAAGUGCAUGUGACAGAAAACUCGUUCUUUCGACUAUUUCGGUAGAGGCCCACGGUUGCCCUUCAGGGAAACUGGAUCCAUCAACCGGCGCUCGCUCCCUUGCGAACAGCACUCAACAGAACGCGCCUUCUGCGCUCUCUGCCUCUUGUUGCGCUUUCUGGGUCUCUUCUUGUCUCUCUCUCGGCACCUCUGUACAUUUUGUUCCUUCCAGUCUCUCUCCAGUCGGUCGAUUUCGCCUCUCUCGCUCGCGUUCUUUUAUCUCUCGCGUUCGUUCUGCAUCUUUCUCUUCCUUGCUCUCUCUGCCUCUUUCUAUUGCUCUCCCUCGGUCUCUCUAGCUGUAUCUGCCCGCCUCGGUGCAGCAUCUCCACGAGACUGGACACUGGCAGU